AUGCCCAUUGAAAAUAUCGAAUGCUCUCGAAUCGCCGCUUUGUCUCGUGUCAUUCAAUUCUAUUUGUUCGGGUCUGCGAGGCUGGGGGGACCUAUUCGCACAUCUGCAAUAACACCCGACUGGAUUCUAAUGUAUUCCGAGCAACCUGUUGCCGGAGACAAUCAGCCAAGAACGUUAACGAGCGAGUGCAGAACCAUAAGAACGUGCGGUGGAUGUAGAUAUCUGUGGCACUUAGGGGCAUUCGGCUUCCUCCUUAUGGGUGUCCUUCUAGCACUACCGUCUCCCGGAUUACUCUCGUGCAAACACGCAUACGUGCAUGCUUGGUUUCGUGUACAUGUUCCAAAUACAUGCACAAAUCGUAUCGCCGAAACAGGAGAGAAACCGUCGAAUGGUGGCGCUUAUGUGCUAGCGGAUCCCGGAGCGAAGUUGUAUCUUGAGUGGAGUUCGCCACCAAUGCAAUACUAUGCGUAUGGUCAAUGCAAUUUUUUGGACAAGACCCUUAUUGUGUCUCCGAGUGUUGGGGUACCUUUGAAUGUCGUCCGGCUGCCGACGAAUAGCACCACCAUCGAACGUUCAUUUGCGAUGAGCCACGUAAACAAGACGUUCAUUCUCCUUGAACUGGGCCAUACUUUCAUCUUCAACUUUCCUCCUGUGAUCCGAUAUGAAUUGGAAGAAGAGCCAGCCGGAGGAGGUCCGAUGAAACAUAUCGCCGCGCCUUAUCGUAAGUUUUCGUGGUAUGCGAAUUGUGCAGCGCUCCUUCGGUAUCACGAGGCAAUUCAUCCUACUCGAUGGAAGUAUAGAAGAGUGGAGGGCAUUCUCUUUGAUGAGUCACGCGAUAGGGGUCAGGUCCCAGACAAACGAAGACUUACGAGAACGGAGAAAAUGCCCAAGGGCCAAGAUAGCAAACCCAGCGCAUCAAGCGGCUGCCGGACCUAUGUCCUGCUGGAUGUCGGACGGAAAUAG